AUGCCACCACACACUGUUUCAGCAGACUUAAAAGCUCGGAUUCCUAUUCUACGUCGACGUGGGCAUUCUGUCAAGCAUAUAUGCCAUCUGCUUGGGGUUAAGAAGACUCUCGUAUACAAAGUCUUACAACUUUUUCCCUUAGUUUCACAGUACCGCUGCAGCAAUCAAGGCCGGCGUCACAGCCUCACUGUCAACGACAUCGCAUUCAUUACAACCAUCCUUCGUCAUCGUCCUACCAUCUAUCUUGAUGAGCUGCAACAGGAACUGUGCUCUCGCCAUGGUGUUUUUGUGUCUAUACCAACGCUUUUUCGCACAUUUCGUCGGCUGCAUGUCAAUCGCAAGUGUAUUUCGGCAUAUGCUCUUGAAAGGAACGAGGAACUACAUACUAUUGCUGAGAUAGCCCCUGACCCAGAAAUGUUGAUGUUUGGAGAUGAGGCUGCAAAAGAUGAAAGAACAAAUCAUUCGACGCCAUGGGAGAUCAAAAAUUGGAACAAGGUGUGUCCAAAGGAAAUGUUUCGUGCGAGGCAAACGCUACUCGAUCCUGCCAAUCCUGACUCUUGA